UCGGACUUAGUCUGUUACACAACUAUUUCAAUCUCCAUUCUGUGCACCGCUGCACGCCGGCAUUUCCUCCCAGACAUUUCUUAUUUUAUUUUUUUAAAUAAAUCAAACGGACAAUGAGUGGGGAUCAUGGACACAAGGACUCCCAGAGCGAUUGUGGGUAUCGGCUUAAUGAUUCUCACAAACACAAAGACAAGCAUAAGGACAAAGAACGCAAACACAAAGACCACAAGAAAGACAAGGAGAGGGAGAAGUCCAAGUGUACUAACAGCGAAUACAAGGAUUUCUCCGAAAAGAAACACAAAGACAAAGUGAAGCACAAAGAUGGAAGUUUGGAGAGACACAAGGACAAGCACAAGGACAAGGAGAAGAGAAGAGAGGAAAAGAUCAAGUUCUCAAGUGUCGAUGGCAAACCCAAGAAAGAAAAGGAAAACGGGUUUGCCAGUCCCCCUCGCUUCAAGUCUGAACCUGAAAAUGAUGACUUCUACCACUCUCCCAAACACGAGAAGUCUCUGAAGCGGGAUCGGGAUGACGAUGAUUAUGAUUUCAAGCCUAAAAAAAUUAAGAUUGAAAAUGAAAAGAAGGCAAAAAAGAGGAAACAAGAGGAGGAUGAGGAGGAGGAUAUAAAACCCAAAAAGAAGACAAAAGAUAAAAAAGGAGGAGAAGGCGAUGGCAAAAAGAAGGCCAAGAAGGAGCCAGAGGAGAAGUGGAAAUGGUGGGAGGAAGAGAGGUACACCGAUGGCUCAAAAUGGAGGUUUCUGGAACACAAGGGACCUGUCUUUGCACCUCCAUAUGAACCACUUCCCAGCAAAGUAAAGUUUUACUAUGAUGGGAAGCCAAUGAAGCUGAGUGCACCAGCUGAGGAAGUUGCCACCUUCUUCGCCAAAAUGCUGGACCAUGAGUACACUACCAAGGACAUCUUCCGUAAAAACUUCUUCAAAGACUGGAGGAAGGAAAUGACAUCUGAGGAGAAAUCAAAGAUCACCGACUUGAACAAGUGCGAUUUCACUGAGAUGAGUGAUUACUUCAAAGUACAGUCUGAGGCCAGAAAGCAGAUGUCAAAAGAGGAGAAGCAGAAAAUCAAGGAGGAGAACGAGCGUAUCCUGCAGGAAUAUGGCUUCUGCGUGAUGGACAACCACAGGGAGCGAAUCGGAAACUUCCGUAUUGAGCCCCCAGGUCUAUUCCGUGGGCGAGGGGACCACCCCAAGAUGGGCAUGCUGAAACGCCGCAUCCGGCCGGAGGACAUCAUCAUCAACUGCAGCAAGGACUCCAAACACCCCAAGCCUCCUCCAGGCACCAAGUGGAAGGAGGUGCGACAUGACAACAAGGUGACAUGGCUGGUGUCCUGGACAGAGAACAUCCAGGGCUCCAUCAAGUACAUCAUGCUGAACCCCAGCUCCAGGAUCAAGGGAGAGAAGGACUGGCAGAAGUACGAGACGGCCCGCAGACUAAAGAAGUGCGUGGACCGACUCCGGUCUCAGUACCGGGAUGACUGGAAGUCCAAAGAGAUGAGGAUCCGCCAGAGAGCAGUAGCCCUGUAUUUCAUCGACAAGCUAGCCCUGCGAGCAGGGAACGAGAAGGAGGAGGGGGAGACGGCGGACACGGUGGGCUGCUGCUCCCUGCGUGUGGAACACAUCAAACUUUACCCUGAGAUAGACGGGCAGGAGUUUGUCGUGGAGUUUGAUUUCCUGGGAAAAGACUCCAUCCGUUACUACAAUAAAAUUCCUGUGGAAAAGAGGGUCUUCAAGAAUCUUCAGCUCUUCUUGGAAAACAAGCAGCCGGAAGAUGACCUCUUUGACCGCCUUAAUACCUCAAUUCUGAACAAGCACCUUCAGGAGCUGAUGGACGGACUGACGGCCAAAGUGUUCCGUACCUACAACGCCUCCAUCACCCUGCAGCAGCAGCUGAAAGAGCUGACCAGCCCUGAGGAGAACAUCCCUGCCAAGAUCCUGUCCUACAACCGGGCCAACCGAGCCGUGGCCAUUCUGUGUAAUCAUCAGAGAGCCCCGCCCAAGACUUUUGAGAAGUCCAUGCAGAACCUACAGACCAAGAUAGAUGCCAAGAAGGACCAGCUCUCUGAUGCCAGGAGAGAGCUGAAGAGCGCCAAGGCAGAUGCCAAAGUGCGGAAAGACGAGAAGACCAAAAAAGCCGUGGAGACCAAGAAGAAGGCUGUGCAGAGAAUAGAGGAGCAGCUCAUGAAACUUGAAGUGCAGGCAACAGACCGUGAGGAGAACAAGCAGAUCGCUUUGGGCACCUCCAAACUCAACUACCUGGACCCACGCAUCUCGGUAGCCUGGUGCAAGAAGUGGAACGUGCCCAUUGAGAAAAUCUAUAACAAAACCCAGCGGGAGAAGUUUGCCUGGGCCAUUGACAUGGCGGACGAAGACUUUGAAUUUUAAUCCCAUUUUAAAGUUCCAAAUGUUUCCUUCCCUUGUAAUUUAAAAGACAUUUUUAAAGUAUGUUUGUAGCAUCACUGAUUCCACCAUGUGGUCAACCUGACCAAGGAGAAAGAAGGGGUCAGAGGAAAAGGCUAUUACAGGAGGUGGGCAUAAGGGCUCGGGAUGGGGGAUGGGCGAGGGGGGUCAGGGGUAGUUGCAGAGGGAGUAUGGGAAGGAAGUUCUUUUAGGUAGUUGGAUUGAUGUGACUUCAGGUGUCCACACUGGAAGACUGUGCAAAGUGACUGCCCUUAACAACCACAUAGCAGUAAUCCCCCUGGACUGGGGAAUGACAGAUGCUCGGCCCAAACAGGCUUAACCCUGCGUCAGCGAGGCACCUGACUUUACAAACUCUGUGGCUUAUAGCUGCUGUAUUCAAGAGAACUGCUUGUGUUUUUAUCAUUUCAUGUUUUGUUUUUUUGCUCUCUUGGUCCAUUUCUGCCCCUAAGAUUUAUUGAUGAAUUCUAUAUUUUAAUAGAAAAAGAUAAAUCAAAGAGUUCCUUAACGUACACCCACGCCUUGUAAGAAAGUGAAAUGCAAGACCAGCUGGGAAUUAACUGACUGAAGAAGCUGUGUGUUUGGGUGAGCGUGUGACGUGGUAAAUGUGCAUUUUAGCUCAGCUUUGAAUUGUGUGUAAUUCUGAACAUGAAUGAGGGUGUAUAGAUAAACAUCCUAUUACUGUUAAUAUAACUUUAGCAGACAGAAUGUGAAUUUUUUUGUUUUACAGUUUCUAUCAGGGAUUUUUUUCUUCAGUGUAUUUGUGAACCAAUGCUUUUAAAUCCUAUGAAACUCUUUCUACAUGGUUCUGAAUCACCAUUUGGUUUUAACUUAAUUUUACUGCCUGUUUUUAACAGAGGAACAACAGUCAUGUCUUUGUUACUUGAAGCAAUGGCUAUGUUUUAAUGUACUAGUUUGGGCAAGUUUUCUUCCCAAAGGUCAGAUGGAAAAAUGUGAGGGAUAUCAAUUUUGCCAAAAAAAAACCCUACAAUCAACCAUUAAGCUGCAAUUAGGGCGUUUAUUUUUUUGCAGUUGUGUAAAGAAUGAAGGAGGACAGUCUAACAUGAAUUAAUGUGAAUUCUCACAGGUAACUCUGGACUUACUUUUGUUUUGUUCUAGGAAGCAUUAGCAUUAAUAUAAGCAGCCAAUGUUAAUUCUUUACCAGCUUAUUCCACCUCUUGUCCAAGCCUUCAUUUUUGCCCUUGUAGGUUAUUUAAAAAUAAAAAAUACAAUUCAAAUACA